UCUACUCUUCGAUUCUCUUCUUUUUCUUCUUCCCUCUUAAGUUCUGAAAACAUGGGAGAAGUUAUGAUACUGAAGCUGUUAGCUGGAGUACUAGCAAUGGUUUGCAUGAGUAAUAUGGUAUUGCAGGUGAAAGCAGAAGACCCAUACAGAUAUUUUACAUGGAAGGUCACUUAUGGUACAAUAAAGCCUCUUGGGGUUCCACAGGAGGCAAUCCUAAUCAAUGGGAAAUUUCCUGGUCCAAGAAUUGAAGCUGUAACUAACGAUAACAUCAUUGUCAAUGUCUUUAACGAAUUAGACGAACCAUUCCUCAUUACAUGGAAUGGAAUCAAGAACAGAAAAUCUCCAUGGCAAGAUGGAGUUCUCGGAACCAACUGUCCGAUACUUCCACACACAAACUUUACAUACAAGAUGCAAGUGAAGGAUCAAUUUGGAACUUUUACUUACUUCCCUUCGACCAAAAUGCACAAAGCUUCUGGUGGAUUUGGUGCAUUCAAUAUUUAUACUAGACCCCAUAUUCCCCUCCCAUAUGAUCCCCCAGCAGGAGAUUAUACUUUGCUGGUUGGUGACUGGUACACGGCUGGCCAUAAGGCACUGGCGGAAACCUUGGACGCGGGCAAAUCUCUAGGUCUGCCUAAUGGUAUACUAAUUAACGGGAAACAAAAGGGUCCUAAAUUUGUUGGAGAGCCAGGGAAAACAUAUAUGAUGAGGAUAUCAAAUGUUGGUUUAUCGACAUCAAUCAACUUUAGGAUCCAAAAUCACAAAAUGAGACUAGUUGAGAUUGAAGGAACUCAUGUGGUUCAAGAAUCAUACGACUCUCUUGAUAUACACGUCGGUCAAUCUGUUACUGUUCUUAUUACCUGCAAUCAGAAACCAAAAGAUUAUUAUAUUGUUGCUUCAUCUAGAUUUACGAUUCCUGUUCUUAAAACAACUGCCCGCCUCCGUUACGCCAAUACUAAGAUUAAAGCUUCCGGUGCUUUGCCAAUCGGCCCAACUACCCAUGUUCACUGGUCACUGAAACAAGCAAGAACAUUCAGAUGGAAUUUGACUGCAAGUGCAGCGAGACCUAAUCCACAAGGAACAUACCAUUACGGUAACAUAAAAACUGUUAGAACACUAGUUCUGGAGAACAGUGAAGCUCUGAUUGACGGCAAAGUACGGUACGCUGUUAACGGGAUCUCCUACGUGAACCCCGACACUCCUUUGAAGCUUGCAGAUUGGUUCAAUAUUCCAGGAGUAUUCGAACUUGACUCCAUCCCAGAUAUGCCUACUCCCGGUACACCAGCUAAAAUGGGAACCCCUGUCAUUGGAACCCUUCUCCAUGAUUUCGUCGAAAUAAUCUUCCAGAACCCUGAGGGUACCAUUCAAUCUUGGCAUAUCGACGGGACUGACUUCUGGCUUGUUGGGAUGGGACCAAAGACAUGGAUACCAGAAUAUAGGAAAUUUUACAACUUGGUUGACGCAACCACAAGAUACACAGUGCAAGUAUACCCGUAUUCAUGGAGUUCUAUUCUUGUACCACUAGACAACAAAGGUAUGUGGAAUUUAAGGUCCGCAAACUGGCCAAGACGGUACCUCGGACAAGAAUUGUAUGUCAGGGUCUGGAAUGACGAAAAGAGUCUGUAUACCGAGUCUGACCCACCACUGAAUGCAAUCCUCUGCGGCAAAGCCAAGGGAGUCCACCUCGGAUGAUCGAUGUCAGACAAAGACACAGCUUGCUUUUGAUUACUAGUAGCUAGCUAGUACUUAUAUAUUUAUAGCGAUCCAGAAGAAGCAUGCAGAUGCUUUUUAUGUGAUUCUGCAGCUCUAUUAGUUAAUCACCGCGGUCACGAUUGUGUGACUAGUCGAAUGAUGGCUAAAAAGCCAUCUUCGAUAGAUAUUGAGAUUUGUUUUACAGUUCAUGGAAAUCCAGAACCAGUUGUAAUGUGUAUUUCUUUUAAAAAGUUCCAAUAAACAUUGGCUUUACUCGAUGAA